AUGGACAAUCAGAUGACGAAUUCACAGAUUGGGACCAGCAGCAACCGCCGAAAUAUAUCUGACUACGACGAGGACAUGCGGCACGCAGACACCACCAAGCAGCUUGAGCUGGCCUACGCAUCUGCCGGACAGCAGUCGAUGAAGGUCUUCAUUUCGUUUGAUUUCAAUUGGUGGCAAACUGAUCAAGCCGUCGAAAUCGACGGACUGGAUGUGCCGGCGCUGAGAGCAGCAGCAGGAAUCCCACUUUUCUUCGCUCCCAACUUUGACCCAGGCCUGGACCUGAACGUUUCCUCCGUUGACGGCCUCUUCAACUGGAUGGCCUGGCCUCACAACGGAAGAAACAAAGCACCCACACCACAUAACAACAUUUCCGUUGGCGAGGGUGACCAGCUGUACAUAAACACACUGGCAGGAAAAGCCUACAUAGCGCUCUCCUACAGCAAGAACUGGAUAUUUCCUGCCGACUUGCUGUGGUACGACCGCUGGCGCGAGAUCUUGGCAAUGCAACCGCGCUUCGUGGAAAUUGUCACAUGGAAUGAUUAUGGCGAAUCCCACUACACGGGCUCGCUGCACGCCCCGCACACUGACAACGGGGCUUCGAAGUGGGUCAAUGACAUGUAUCAGCUUCCCCCUGCGCGAUCGUACCGAGUUCUAAUGCUCAUAGGCCCCAUGACGGAUGGGCAACGAUGGCCAAGCCAUUCAUUGCGGCAUUCAAGGCAGGGGCAUCUUCUCCCGACGAUUACAUCACCUCAGACCGGCUCAUCUAUUGGUAUCGCCCCGCGCUGCGCGCGCCAAGAUUGCGACUCCACCGAUACAUGUAUGGCGCAAGCGAACAACCGUAGUGGGGACUACUUCCUUGGGCGACCAGAUGGCUGGCAAUCCGUGCGGGACUCUGUGUUCGUGGUCUCUCUGUUGCGGAGCCCCGCAUCGAUCCAGAUCGGCUCUGGAGGCAGCCUGUAUCAAUAUGCCGCGCCAGCUGGGGCAUCUUCCCAUGAAGCACCCAUGAGUCCCGGAGAGCAAUCCUUCUCGAUUUCGCGCGAUGGAACGACCAUUCUUGCCGGAGUUAGCUUGAAGCCCAUUAUUGAUGGCUGUGUGUGUGGCCUAUAUAACUUCAAUGCUUACGGUAAUCCCCUGAUUCCUAAGCCUGCUCCCGGGCGCUCUACCAUCGGGUCUACAGUCGAUAGCGAAAACAGCUUCCUCCCUAAAGACUCGUUUUCUUUCCUCGGGCCCCACUGCCAAGGCAUUAGCGCGAAUAUUUAUUUGACGGGCCUCAAUUAUGAAUAUUACUGUGCAAGGUCAUGA